GAUGAGAGGAGAUCCCGUUACACACGACUUCUACGAGAAUAAGGAUACUUAUUCGUUAGUUAUUCAAAUCACGGAGAUCGCGAGCGCUAUAACAAUAACUUCGUGAAACUUUCAGCUUAUCAAAUCCGUCAGCCCGCGAUACUUCAACCCACCUUACAUAAGUACCUUUCAUGCAUUUCAUUUAAUAUCCAUGGGGAUCAUCGCAUAUCUCGCUAUCUUAUGAGGUUAAGAUGGCUCUCUCUACUCCAACGAGCAACGGUUCCCGUCGCUUCAACCCGCUUCCGUCUCCCGGUAAAAAUGAGACGCCUAGAUCGGUAGGGAUGGUAAGACCAAUAUUACCUCAAAAAAGCGUGACGACUACUUCUAUCGAGGAUGCCUACGUGAGUUUCAUCCUCUACUGCAACCCGGCAGUGCCCUUGGAGACAGACACGUUCGCUCUCAGAGAAGCUUUUCGAACCCCACCAAAAAGCGAGGGGAAGAGCUUCAGUACGUUCACCUUGUUCGAACUCAUCAAGAAGCUACACUCAAAGGAGCUGAAGACGUGGGCGGAGUUAGCCUUGAACUUGGGUGUUGAGCCGCCAGACCACGACAAGGGACAAAGCUCUCAGAAGAUACAGCAGUAUGCCGUCCGAUUAAAGCGAUGGAUGCACUCCAUGCAUAUCAACGCCUUCUUCGAUUAUCUGAUGGACAAUCCGCACCCAUACUGGACCCAAAUUCCUACGGACCCGAACCCAGUCUGUGAGGAUGGUAGAGAUGGGGUUGCUGCCGAAGACGACAUGGCUUUGCGCGCUUUGCUACCUCACAUUCGACCUCGUCGAGGUCGAAAAAGACCUGAGGAAGAUGGACUUAGUAAAUCUCCGUCACAAAGACCCAGGUUAGAGUCUCCAGGGUUUGGCGGGGAGCCUAAAACCGCUCGUCCGGAUACUCUAGAUCCGUGGACCGCUCAUCCGGAUGGAAGAAACUCGUUCAUGUUCCCAUCAGUUGAUCCAAGAUCAAGCGUAUUGCCAGAAGCAAAUUCAGCCUUCCCAUGGAGUAACGAUGUUUCGCGCGAACCAAUGUCAGCAUAUCCCCAGUCUGCGAUGACGCCGUCGACUAGAGGGACGUUCUGGGGUGACACUACAGAACCUCGCUCGGCAAUUAGUCCUAAAACCAAAGCUCUCGGGCGUCGCCAUGGAGCAAAGGUCGUUUCUUCCGCUUGGAGAAGCGGCGGCGUAUCUACAAGUGGCAGGCCCCGUGGGCGACCUCCAACAAAUCGUCCCUCCGACGGUCCAUUAUCAGCAAUCCCGGAUGAACGGAGGGAAUUUCAGGGGUCCCCUUUUGAACAGGGCACACCUCAGUCUAGCAUAGCGCAUACGCCGAUGCUACCCCCCGAAUCGGUACCUAAGUCAGCAGGACCUACCUCUGCGCCAACGUCAGCACCGACGACAACGCCGACUUCUGCUCCUGGCAACCGGCCUGCCCGACCGGGCCGUCUUUCUCUACAAGUACCAGAACGAGCCAGCGGCCCUGUCAGACUAGCGACUCCCCCACCUCCUGUUGUAAUGGUAAACGGCAAGAGCCCGGUUAAUGGGAACGGGACCAAUGGAGGCGGUAAAGCGGCGGACGCCCCCGUGGAAGAUGCGUUCACGGUGUUCGAUCGCACUUCCGCUAUGUUCACGGCCACAUCGACCGACGAUCACGGGAGCUCCGGAAUGCAUUUCGACCCUAGCGACAGCGACCGGACGAACUGCGACGAGAUCGAGGCCAUGUUUGUUGCAGAUAUACUUGAGGGGGCCUGGUAUGAUGAAAAGGGGCAGCCAGGCCCACCUGCUGGCGUCGACGAGGCAAUGGCCUUGGUUAAGGUUGUCGUCGAGGGCAUAUCGAAACAAGCUCUAACGAAAGAGGCCUUCCUGAUCAACCUCUCAGCGCUUGCGGGCGUUAAGUAUCUGAUGCAAGCGGGCAGCACCUCGGUACAGAGACUGGAGGUGGGCCCCGAUUACACGAAGUACCACUGUUCUUGGGGUCUUCGUUUCGGCCCCGUAAGUGGGAAAUUCCGACUCACGGAGACGGUUCCGCACGCGCGGUGGAAGAAGGGCGCUCAACGGCCGGACGAACCUAGGGGUGACUCCGAUAUCCCGGCCGAGGGCGAGGAGGCCGCGGAGUUUUGGCGUAGGAGAUACGCCGACCUCUUGCGCGUCGUGAAUAAGAGGAGCGAGGAUACGACGCGGGUUGCUAAAGGAGUACAGGAUAGCGAGCGGUCUUAGCGCGUGGGGGUUGGGCAUUAUACGGGAUUAAUUACGUCUUGUAAGAGUAUAUUCUACGGAUUCAUGAUUCAUGUUGAGUUGGGUUGAGGGUUUAAAAAGCCGCCGAGUUUUCAUGUAUAUGUAAUACUUUUUUGGUUCUGAGAUACCCCUGAUCGCAUGUAUUAUCAUAUAUUAG